AUGACUUCGUUCAAAUACUCAUCGUACAUCAUCUUGUGGUUUGUCGGAAAUGCCAUCUACUAUCACAUAUUUUUCUCUCACUAUCCAUGUGAUCAUGUUCGUGCAGUUAUUCCAGCAGUGGGAGUUCUUCUGAACAUUCCUAUCACAAUCUUGAUGAUGGCAAACACUCCAUGGUCUCUUUCAAAAGCUAAGGAUUUUGGAUUCUACUAUACUAUUUUCAUGUUCUUUGUGUUCCUUGUCGCUGGAUUGUUUCUUGCUGGUCGAAUCUCAUCUCAUCAUUUCACUUGUGCGGACAACCCAGCGUUUUGUCUCCAACACAAAACCCGAGAGAUAUUUCUGGCACUUGUUCAUGGAUUAGAAGUCUUCUUGGUGUUCGGUGGACUCAUUUUCUUGGAAAUUCUCCGCACUCAAAUAAUCUCAUCACAAUUUCUGGCACUGCUUCGACAACGAUUCAAUCAAGAUUUGGAGAGGGGAGAGGAGGAAAGCAGCUGGAUUUGA